AUCGGGCUCACAUUGUCGUCGAUCGGUCACGAAAUGUGGGUACAGAGCGUGUGACCCCUAAGGGUGUUAUGGUAACAAUACCUCGACUACCCGUGCAAUCGUUUCUCGCUCGCUCCGUCCAUCUGCUGCUGCUCUCUGCCCUUGGAAUGUUGGUGCGCAGCCGGUUGAGAGAUGAUGUUACUUGCGAGCCAUGGGUUUAUGAUCCCAUGUCUUCCACGGAUGAACUCGGAGGGGAUGCGAAAUCGGCCAUUUUAUAGUACGAGGUUUGCGAAUGUGGAUGGAGUGUAUCAUGUAGCUGAUGAUUCUGCCACAAGUCAUCGUGUACAAAGGAGGAGGUGUGAUUGCUAUGAUCACUACAAGCAGCUUAUUCCUUACAUGGAGGCUUGGUGUUGGCAAAAGUCUCUUGUAAGAAUGAGACACGACUUAGUAGGCCGAGAUGAAGAUCAUUCUGACAUGUUGAUCAUUCUGCAACAUCCUCCAGUAUAUACAUUGGGGACUGGUAGUUUGGAGAAGUAUUUGCAUUUUAAUAUACAAGAUUCUCCCUAUGAAAUUUAUCGGACUGAACGUGGUGGAGAGGUCACAUAUCAUGGUCCUGGUCAGCUUGUAAUGUACCCUAUUGUCAAUUUGCGGUAUCACAAGAUGGAUCUACAUUGGUACCUUAGGUCACUUGAGGAAGUGAUUAUCCGAGUCCUUUCAUCAACUUUUGCUAUCAAGGCAUCUAGGAUCAAGGGUUUAACCGGAGUUUGGGUCGGGAAUAAAAAAGUUGCUGCAAUAGGGAUUCGGGUGUCACGGUGGAUAUCUUAUCAUGGAUUGGCAGUGAAUGUUACAACAGACUUAUCUCCAUUUCAGCGCAUCGUUCCAUGCGGCUUACAGGACCGUGAGGUUUGUAGCCUUAAGGAACUACUAGGGAAUUCUUUGAGUGGGAAGAUUGAAGAUUCUGUUUUAAUUGAUACUGCUCAUGAAUCCUUGGUUAAGGAAUUCUCUGAAGUUUUCCAGUUGUCACUUUCCAACAGAUCAAUCUCUUGAUUUCAAUUUUCCUGAUGGUAGACAGAAACUAUCAGAGCAAGAAUUUGAGUUGGGGCAGCUUGUCCCAAUAUGUCAUCAGCCUUUUGGUAAUGCAAGGAGCUUAAAUUCAAGCAAAUUCUACUAUAACAGUAGGAGAUAUUUGACAAAAAUAAGUUUUUUUUUUUUUUUUAAGAUACCAAUACAUAUUGAAUAUUCUCAUUGUUUUUGACUUGUGCAGAAGAACUUCGGUGAAA